AUGCUGAAUGCCUUCAUUGGAGAAGAAAAAUGGAAAUUUCAGAAGGCCAUACAGUUCAAGAAGGCUCAGUACAAGAAAGAGCGAUUUUUGAAGAAAAAUGUUCUGAAUAUGACUCCUGAAGAACUUGUAAACAUGCAAAAGGAAAUCAAGGGUCUCAGUGAUGAAUUUGACAUAUAUCAUGUAGAUUGGCUAAGUGCCAAAGUCAGAUUUGUCAAGCUGGCCAAGAACCUCAAGACUAACGUUGCAGCAUCAUUGCAACAAAUUCCUCAGGCCGAAGCUUCUGUUCAGCCUGCUGAAGAAACUGAAAGCGCAGCUGAUGAAAAUCAGGCUGCUGAAAAAACUGAGAAUACCAGGGCUGCUGAAGAAAUUCCAGCGCCUGAAGAACAUGCCAAGGCAACCACCAAUGUUGCGCCUGAAGAACAACCCAGGCCAGCUGAAACAUCUGGUGUGCCUGGAGAAACAAAAAAUGCCAGGGCGGCUGCAUCAGUCGUGCCUGAAGAAACUGAACCCACUUCAUCUGCUCCUCCUGCAAAAUCUUCAAAGAUGAAGAAUAUCACUCUUUCUUCUGCAUCAGAAGUGAAGAAAACCAAGGCGGUGGAGAAGGCAGCUCUGAAGAAGAGGAAAGCAUCAACCUCUACAGAGUCCUCAGCUCCCAAGAAAUUGGAUGAAGAAAUCAAUGUGGAUGAUGUUGCCUCCACACCACUGGUAUCAUCGCCUAUGCCUCAGUUCAUAGCUAAAGAGGCGGGCAUUGAAGAAAUGAAAGAAGACGUGGACAUUGGCUCAACAACGCCUGUGCUGAAUGAUGACUAUUGGGAAAAACUUCACCCCAAUUCACCAUUGACCACACCUCUGCAUCCAAUUCCUCAGUUCCCUGUGCAAACUGAAGAAAUUAAAACGGGAUCUAUAGGACGUCAAACUUCUCUCCUUUCCAUUCCUGAAGAAAUUACAGCUGAAACAUCUGAAGAAAUGGAGAAUCAAACCGCUGCUGAAGAACCUGAAUCUUCAAUUCCUCAGACAGCAGCUCCAGAGAUUAUGACACAAAAGGUUGUGAAACCUUCAACUACAAAUCUUCAGCCCGAGCAGCAAAAUCCUCAUGUAAAAAGGCCAAAUUUAAGGAUGACGAUUUCUUCGCUGAGCAUCAUUUCUUCACUGAUUUCAAUCCAUAUGACUCAGCAAGACUUCGACGCAAGCGGUUCUGGACUGCAAGUCAAAUGA